AUGACUCUCACACAUAUACAUCCGGAGGAGGACGCACCUCCGCCCUACACCCCAACCGACCCUCUGACACCGGCUUCCACGAUCAAUGAUGCCGCAAGUCAGGUAUCGACAGAAAACAUUCCAUCAUAUACCCAUGCCGUAGAGGCUCCGAAUUUUGUUUCUGCAGUGCCAUAUUUCAGUGAGCGUGGCCUGCCGUCGACUGCACGUUCUGACGGAGAAAUCUUGGAACAUACCCUAGUCUUCUACAGGCGAAGCCAGGCCAAAGACUUCUCGAAGUAUCCUCGCUGUUGGCGCUCUAGAACCGAAGAGAUCACACAGCAUGAUUGGGAUACAUUUCUGAAUUACCUUUUACCACCGCAUCUUGGACCGGCGUCGAAUCAUCCUCAGCUCCCACAAAAGCUGCGUGCUGAGAUUGAACGUGAUCGAAAAGACAGGCCGCAAGAGACCGAGGAAGAGCGACAAUGGAGAAUUACAGCAGUGGUUACAGAAUGGAAUGUCAACUUUUUCCAGCCUCGCGGGGUUGUGAUAGUUUAUUGUUUUGUUCGUGAAGACGGAGGCCAACCUGAGUCUCCAUUGUGUCCUUCAUGCUAUCCAAACACCACCUCAUCCAGAUCUCGCAAUGAUAUCCGUCGGUCUUUGUUCGAAGAACCUACAGAUAAUACUUCAAGAGAAGUACAUGAGCUGCCUCAACCGCCGAAUGCGGUACCAAGUGGCCGGCAGAACCGGCAGACAACCGAUGCCGCCAGCCCCCCAGCAGCAGCAGCAGGAAACGGGGGAAGCUCGGAUAACCAAUAUCAAUAUAGAUCCAGCCCUGCGGGUGGACCAGGAGUGUGGGUUUUUAACCCCGGCGCAGCAGUGAAUAACAUUGCCUCCAUGAUCUCGGACCAAGUCCAAAGAUACAGCCAGUUCAAGCAGCCAGCCGUGAGGUGGAAAGAAACGCUCAUGCACACGCAUUCUACGUCCAGCAGCAGGCUAUGGAUGCUAGAAACAGAGCUAUACACAACUUUACCACUUACAGAGACCAAGCCCAAGCAUCAUGGGGUGGUCAUCAUGGACCCCACGGCCGGUUUGGUGGCCAUAGCCACUUUCACCACCAUCAUGGCAGAUGGGCAGGUCGAGGUUAUGGAGGACCCGGACGAGGUAGAAAUACUUGGGGUCCUGAAGGAUGUCAGCCAGGUAGCUCUGGCUGGGGAUUUUGGCAGCGGGGAGCCGAUCCGGCGGAAAGGAAGAAGAGCAAGAAGCGCUUCUGUCUCUUCUUCGUCAUCGUCCUCAUCCUCUUCGUCAAGCAGUUCCUCUGAAUCGCUGGAUUCUGCUUCGCCCGACUCCGAUCUGAAAAAAGGCGAGCUUGCCGCUCUCAAAACUGCCCUUCAGAACCUCAAGCAGCAACAGGAGCAAAGACAACUCUCUACAGCAGACUACCGGGCACGCAGGAAGGAGCUGCGACGAGACUGUAAAGCACUGAAGUCAGCUCGAAGAGACUUCCGCUCGGCAGGUCGACGAUGUCGUGAUACCACAUCUGGAGGCUGCAGUGGCUCCAGUUCCCGUGCAGCGGGCCACCCCUCUACUACUCGAGGAGAAUUCAGUUCUGACAUUGACGAGAUAAAGAGGGAUAUGCAGGAGAUCAAGGAUCACUAUGUUAAUUUGAUACGCAGCCUGCAAGGUGAGAAACGGGAGUUGAAGCAGGCCGCGAAGAAUCUCAAACAAGAAGAAAAACAGGCCAGAAAGGAGGAGAAACAGGCUAGAAAGCAGGAGAAGGCAGCAAGAAAAGAAGAGCGCAAGAGAGCAAAGGAGAAGGGCAAGGGCAAAGCCAAAGAAACAGAGCCGGAUAUCCCCCUGGAGAGACGGAUGGAGGAUAUGAACAUAUCAAGUAAUAUUCCUCCUCCAGAGUAUCCUCAAACUCCCCAGGCGGCCGGAACGGUGAUGAAAGAUGUCAAGCAGUAG